AUGUCCAAAUUAGACGUUUCCGCCAUCCGAGCGGCCUUUCCCGCUCUUCAACAGGAUCAGGUCUUUCUUGACAACGCAGGCGGCAGCCAGACGCUGGGCACCGUCGUUGACUCGAUCCGGGACUAUCUCUCCAACAACAAUGUCCAGUUGGGAGCUACCUACCCCGUGGGACAGAAGUGCAAUGCUCUCUUCGACGAGGGCGAGGCCGCUGGUGCGAGGUACAUUAACGCUUCCACGGAUGAGAUUGUCUUCGGGUCUUCGACCACCCAGUUGUUCCGCAACCUCUCGUACACCCUGCAGUUUGACGAGGGAGAUGAGCUAGUUAUCUCUCAGGUCGACCAUGAGGCCAACAUCGCCUCUUGGGUGGACCUUGCCGCUCGGCAGAAGCUGGUCCUCAAGUGGUGGAAGCCAAAGGACCUCAGCAACCCGAAGCUCCACGCCAGUGACCUCCCUGAGCUCUUGUCACCACGCACCAGGCUGGUCACCUGUACGCACUCGAGCAACAUCCUCGGCACCAUCCACGACAUCCCGGCCAUCGCCCGCGAGGUGCACAAGAUUCCCGGGGCCUUGCUCUGCGUGGAUGGUGUGGCGUAUGCGCCCCAUAGACCCAUCGACGUCAAGGCUUUUGGAGUCGACUUCUACUGCUUCUCAUGGUACAAAGUGUACGGACCCCAUGUCUCUAUGCUAUACGCCAGCCAUGACGCCCAGAAACACAUGAAAUCGUUGGGUCACUUCUUCAACCCCUCCGCAACCCUCAAGGAUAAGCUAGCCCUGGCCGGAGGCAACUACGAGCUUGUGCAGUCCAUCUCCAAGGUUGUCGAGUAUCUCACCAGCGGAGCGCACGAGUGGGAAAGCAUGAUCGCGCACGAGGCCGAACUCUCGUCGGUGCUCCUCGACUACCUCAACUCGCGACCAGAAAUUACCGUGAGGGGAGAGACGACUGCCGACCCAAGCAAGCGGCUUGCCACCGUGAGCUUCAGCCUCGAUGGAUGGAGCCCUCGAAAGUUUGUCGAAACGGUCGAAGCCCAGUCGAACUAUGGGUUCCGCUGGGGAGCCUUCUACUCUAACAGAUUGGUCUGCGAGCUUCUUGGCCAGACAGACGAGGGCAUAGUACGGAUCAGCAUGGCCCAUUACACGACAGUUGAUGAGAUUAAAGGAAUUAUUGCAGUUAUGGACAAGGUUCUUUCGUCUGCUUAA